AUGGAUUCGUCCAUAUAUUGGCUACAACCGGAACAAGAAGGGCCCGCAAAGCAUCUCUGGCUUCGUAUUUGGCAAACUACUCAAGACUCUCUUAAUAUGAAUAUAAAAGAAGGUGACAGUGAAACAGAAACCAUCACAAAUGGGUAUAUUACCCAUGGGAACAACAAAGUAGGACUUAUGAACGGAAAAACCGAUAAAAACGCUACUAUUGCCAGAAGACGGAAAGAGAUUAACAGGCCCACUAGUAGAGGUUCAUUUCGGAAAUCAAGCAGUGAGCAUGUAGGGAAUCCUUGGAGGCCAUCGAAGUAUCUAUAUCGUAAAACUAUCCUAGGGCUCAAUCAAGAAAUAGAACAUUUCUACCGCUACAUGAGUCCAACAUACGCCGAAGACAGAAUCCGGUUGGAAGUCGUAAAUCGCAUCGAAAAAAUCAUCACCUCAAAGUGGAGCGAAGCUAAAGUUGAGAUUUUUGGAUCUUAUAGAACAGGGCUUUAUCUACCGACUAGUGACAUUGACCUUGUAGUUAUAGGAAAAUGGUCACAUCUCCCAUUAAGAACUCUAGAACAAGAAUUUUUAGAAAAGGACGUCGCUGUACCGGACAGUAUAAAAGUGUUGGAUAAAGCGUCAGUGCCCAUCGUCAAACUAACCGAUAAAAAAACAGACAUCAAAGUGGACAUUUCUUUUAAUAUGUGUAACGGAGUCAAAUCGGCGGAACUGAUAAAGAACUUCAUCGAAAAAUUCCCAGUUUUACCCAAAUUAGUAUAUGUCCUGAAACAAUUCCUUUUUCAAAGAGACUUAAACGAAGUUUUUACCGGAGGUAUUUCGAGUUAUAGUUUGAUAUUGAUGUGCAUCAGUUUUCUGCAGCUGCAUCCCAGGCAGGAUAUCGUUCAGAACGGCCACCUUAAUGUCGGGGUCCUUUUGAUAGAAUUCUUUGAGCUGUACGGUAGGAAAUUCAACUAUAUUAAGACUGGCAUUCGGAUACGAGACGGAGGAAAGUAUCUGGACAAGGAGGAGAUGCAGAAGGACAUGGUCGAUGGCCACAGACCUAGUAUGUUGUGUAUAGAAGACCCCCUGCAACCAUCAAACGAUAUUGGUAGAAGUAGUUACGGUGUAUUGACGGUGAAGAGGGCGUUCGAAUGGGCCUACCAGACUCUUCUCAUCGAAAUCAACAAACCAUACAGUCACAACUUCGUGUGCGAAUCCAUCCUCGAGAGAAUAAUCAAGGUGAAAGACCACGUGAUUCUACAAAGGCAACGGCUCGAAGAUAACAUCAGAUUGAGGUCUUCGCGGUCUUCCAGCGUCGGCUCAACUGGAUCAAGUACCGAAGAAAGUGCUGCGAGUUCAGAAGGUUCAGACGUACCAUCCAGGGAUAAUUCACCGAACAUCAACUACACCCCUCCCCGCCAAAACGCCAUGAAGCCUAGAAGCGUCUCUUCGUAUAGGAACAAGGCGUACAAGAGUAAUCACGCCGUCAAUGGACACAAUCACUUAUCCAAUCACAACAGUUUCCACAACAAUUCGAUGAAACGCAAAAAACCAAUGAAGCAAUAA